GAAAGAAAGGAAAAAGUUAAAAAAAAACCGUUUGAGAGAGAGAAAAAGAAAACAAAAAUGUCAGGCCGAGCCGGUGGUUUCUCCUACCUUCCCCGAUGAGACUGCCUCAGCAGCUCAGUCUCGAGUUAAGAUCUUGAAUAACAGGACACAAUAAAUUCAUCUCUGUUUUCCCUCUCUGAAAUUGCUUCUAUAACUCUUGGUUGAAGUGAUUUUGAGAUACAGAAAGAAUUUCUAGACCACGAGAAAAAUGAGCGUAAUCGAUAUCUUGACUAGAGUAGACGUGAUCUGCAAGAAGUAUGACAAAUACGACGUCGAAAAGCAGAGGGAUGCCAAUGUCUCAGGAGAUGAUGCCUUUGCUCGCUUGUAUGCCGUCGUUGAGGCAGAUAUCGAGGCUGCUCUUCAGAAAACGGAGGCUGCUUCCACAGAGAAAAACAAGGCAUCUGCAGUUGCCUUAAAUGCAGAGAUUCGUCGAACAAAAGCUCGAUUACUGGAGGAAGUCCCGAAGUUGCAGAGGCUAGCCAUCAAAAAGGUUAAGGGACUUUCAACAGAGGAGUUUGCUGCUCGUAAUGAUUUAGUCCUUGCAUUGCCAAAUAGGAUUGACUCUAUACCAGAUGGGUCUGCAGCUGCCCCUAAACAAACUGGAGGGUGGACUACAUCUGCUUCUCGUACUGAAAUAAAAUUUGAUUCAGGUGAUAUGCUAACUUCAUUGACAUAA